UCCUAAGUUUAUCUACAUUUGGUUGAAUGUUUUAGUUUUGGAAAAACAGAUUUCUUACAUAUAAAAAAAGUGAUAAUAUUUCAAAAUAAAAAUUUUAACGGUGAGAUCGGUCUUUACAGCGUACCUUAAAGAUCAUUUAGUACUCAAAAUGUUCCAGUUGCAUUAGAUAUUCAAAGUGACUAACACAGAUAUUCUAUCCAUCUGCCCAUCCUUUCCAAAAACGAUGAGGAUUCUCCAACUACCAAGCUUCGGUUCUUCACUAGCAAUCCACUGUGCUUCAAGAAAAAAGAAAAGGAGAAUACGAGAACAGCAGAAACAGAAUCAAAUUCUAAAAGACAAGAGAAACAUUUUAUCCUCUUACCCCAAAUCAUCCCCAACUCCACUGCUACUCACCCACAAACCCUUGCCCCAAACUAAACUUCAGGCCCUUGACACUGUCGUUAAAGAUCUCGAAGCCUCUAUUCAGAAAGGCAUUACCAUAGACACUGGAAUCUUCUCGUCGCUACUCGAAGUAUGCUACCAAUUAAAGUCCAUUCAUCACGGAAUUAAGCUUCAUAGUCUCAUACCCACCUACCUUUUAAGCAAAAACGUGGGUGUUUCGGCAAAACUGUUGAGGUUAUAUGCCUCCUGCGGCAAUGUUGAUAAAGCUCAUCAACUGUUCGAUCAAAUGCCGAAGCGGGAUUCUUUUGCAUUUCCGUGGAAUUCGCUUAUAUCAGGGUACGCUGAACUGGGUCAAUAUGAAGAUGCCAUAGCGCUUUACUUUCAAAUGGAGGAAGAGGGUAUUAAACCAGACCGGUUUACGUACCCUCGUGUUUUGAAAGCUUGCGCUGGACUUGGGUCAAUUCAGGUUGGUGAGGCGGUGCAUCGUGGUGCGGUUCGAUUUGGAUUUGGUUAUGAUGGAUUUGUGCUUAAUGCGCUUGUUGAUAUGUAUGCAAAAUGUGGUGAUAUUGUUAAGGCUAGAAGGGUUUUUGACAAGAUUGAUAAUAAGGAUUUGAUUUCUUGGAAUUCAAUGUUGAUUGGCUAUAUUCGACAUGGGCUUUUGAUUGAGGCAUUGGAUAUUUUCGGUGGGAUGGUGAGAAAUGGGUUUGAGCCGGAUUCAGUGGCUAUAUCAGCCAUUCUUGCUAAUGUGUCGUUAAAGAUUGGUGUUCAAAUUCAUGGGUGGAUUCUUAGGCGUGGAGUUGAAUGGAAUUUUUCUAUUGCUAAUUCUUUGAUUGUUUUAUAUUCGAAUAGUGGAAAGUUAGAUCGAUCAAGUUGGUUAUUUGAUCACAUGCCGGAGAAAGAUGUUGUGUCAUGGAAUUCUAUAAUUUCUGCUCAUUGUAAGGAUCGUGAAGUGUUAAUGUAUUUUGAGCAGAUGGAGAAAGAUGGUGUUUUGCCGGAUAAUAUCACAUUUGUGUGUUUACUAUCAGCUUGUGCACAUUUAGGCUUGGUGAAGGAUGGAGAGAGAUUGUUUUCGGUUAUGAGAGAGAAGUAUGGAAUUAGCCCGAGGUUGGAACACUAUGCAUGUAUGGUGAAUCUGUAUGGACGAGCAGGAAUGAUCGAUGAGGCUUAUGCUAUGAUUGUAGAGAAGAUGGAGGUUGAGGCUGGUCCAACUGUGUGGGGAGCAUUGUUAUAUGCUUGCUAUUUGCGCGGGAAUGUAGAGAUUGGGGAGAUUGCUGCUCAAAAGCUUUUUGAUUUGGAGCCUGAUAAUGAACAUAAUUUUGAACUUUUGAUAAGGAUUUAUCGCAAUGCAGGUAGGUUGGAGGAUGUUGCAGAAGUAGAAAAAAUGCUAUCAGAUAGAGGGUUGAAUUGGUGAAUUGCCAUGUACAGUCAAGUUUGAUACUGAGCAGCAAGAAACAAAAGUCGCACUUAAAUCUAUGGCCCGGCAAAGAGGAAGACUGAGUUGUUUUACAAGGGUUAAACUCAAAUUUAGCCGGUGAUUGAUAUCCUGGUUACAGAUGAAACACCACGGUGCUUUUUAUCUUCGUGAUCAUCAUUUUUUGGAUUCUGGGAAGAUUUUAGUUGCGCAAGGAUUCACCAGGUUAUUUGCUGUUCCCAGGAGUAUCAUUAUACAAAAACUUAGAAGCCUCAAGGGAAAUGCAAAUGUAUUGACUACAGAAAACUCCUGAAGCACAAGAAAAAUUUAAUAAUGGGAGCAAGUUAGUCUGUAAAUGUGUAAUAUAAGAGGUUAAACCGAAAAGGAAAUGUAGCAUAUAUACUUGAUGUUUGCAUUCACAUGAUUCUUUUGUGAAAAAACGAAAAAACACUCAUCUUAUUGCCUCA